GUGUCGGGACACGGAAAGGUCGGAGAGGUGAAGGAGGACGGACUGGUCUUGGGUCACGCCUACUCCAUCCUGGGAGCGAAGGAGGUCAAGAAGGACUCCGGAGACGUCACCCUUAUCCGGCUGAGGAACCCCUGGGGAUUCACCGAAUAUAACGGCCCCUGGAGCGAUAAGUCCCCGGAAUGGAAGUCGGUAUCAGAAGAAGAUCAGAAGAAGCUCAACCUCAAGAAGGAAGACGGAGAGUUCUGGAUGCUGUGUGAGGAUUUCUGCUCGUUGUUCUCCUGGAUGGUCAUUUGUCACACCAACCUGGACUCACCUGAUUGUGACGUCACUCACCUGCGUGGUCGCUGGCAGCGUGGAGUCAAUGCUGGAGGGGGGCGCAGACUGAGAACAUUCUUCAACAAUCCCCAAUUCCGGCUCCGUGUGGGCGGGUCUUCAGACAAAGAGGCGGGGCAUACAAAUAAACAGGGUGAGCGUUGGAGGGUUUUGUUGGAGUUGAUGCAGACUGACAGCGGAGCUGAGAAGCUGCAUAUUGCAUGCCACCUGUACCAGGUACCCCAAGAUCUGGUGCCUUCCCCAAAACUGGACCGCAAAUUCUUCACCAGGAAUCGCCCUGUGUGUGACACUGGAGAGCCAAAGAACAGCCGUGGGGUGACUAUGCGGGCAUGCCUGCCAGCCGGCGAGUAUGUCAUUGUGCCCUCCACCUUCGACGCCAAUCAGGAGGGCAACUUCUACAUCAGGGUGUGCUGCAAGAAAGAGGCUGGCGGCAGUGCGAUCUGAAGGUUCGGUGAUGGAGGAUAAGGGGCCACCUGGGCAAGAACAACUGUAUGGGGGAGACGUGGAGACGCCGCGGACUCAAAGCACCGGGAGACCACUAACAAUUGUGAUCAUUGUGACAUCAUCAAAUAAAGUCCUCAGCUAUACGA